CAAACCGCCUCUUUUGCGCCUAGUACUUGCACUUUGUCAGUAAGCAAAAUUGUUAGAUUUCAUUUGCAUUUCUGUAUCAGUUUCUCGGAAACCUCUGCAAAAUAUUUUCUCGGAAAGGGCUAGGAGGUGUGGAUUCUUUACGAUUCCCACCUGUUUUGUAUACCGCCAUAUACAUAUAUACAUCGACACACAUGCACAUUUGUAAUCUAAUACUCUUUUAUGUCAAUAUUCGUCUUUUGAUUAGGCUAAAGGUUUUUUUUUUUUAGGGUUAGGGUUUUUAGAAACCUUUUGAACAUUAGAACAUCUAAUAGUUGAUGAUUACAGAAAACGGUUUCAUUUAAUUCUGCAAGCAACUUGAAAUUUUGAGUGCAAGGAAAAUCUGUGGUACAAUUUAGUCGAUAGAAAAUUUGAGUGCAAGGAAAAUCUGUGGUACAAUUUAGUCGAUAGAAUUUUAGUUUUUGCUACUUGUAAGAAAUGGACAAGAAGAGGGUGGCUGUUCCGCUUGUAUGCCACGGCCAUUCACGGCCGGUUGUGGAUUUGUUCUACAGUCCAAUUACUCCAGAUGGGUUCUUCCUCAUCAGUGCUAGCAAGGAUUCCAGUCCCAUACUUAGAAAUGGAGAGAGUGGAGAUUGGAUUGGAACAUUUGAAGGUCAUAAGGGUGCAGUGUGGAGCUGCUGCUUGGACACGAAUGCUUUACGUGCCGCAUCUGGUUCUGCGGACUUCACUGCGAAAAUAUGGGAUGCAUUGACCGGGGAUGUGCUGCAUUCAUUUGAGCACAAGCACAUAGUUCGAGCCUGUGCUUUCUCAGAGGAUACACACCUUUUACUUACUGGGGGGGUUGAGAAACUCCUUCGUAUAUAUGAUUUGAAUCGGCCUGAUGCACCUCCAAGAGAAGUGGAUAAGUCUCCGGGCUCCGUCAGAACUGUUGCAUGGCUCCAUAGUGAUCAAACAAUAUUAAGUUCUUGUACUGAUACAGGGGGUGUCAGAUUAUGGGAUGUAAGAGCCGGUAGUAUUGUCCGGACGCUUGAAACUAAAGCUCCUGUAACCAGUGCUGAAGUGAGCCAAGAUGGCCGAUAUAUCACAACUGCUGAUGGGUUCACUGUAAAGUUUUGGGAUGCAAACUAUUUUGGAUUGGUGAAAAGCUACAACAUGCCAUGCACUGUAGAAUCAGCUUCUUUGGAGCCAAAGUAUGGCGUAAAGUUUAUUGCUGGUGGAGAAGAUAUGUGGAUUCAUGUGUUUGAUUUCUACACUGGUGAAGAGAUCGCAUGCAACAAGGGCCACCAUGGUCCAGUACACUGCCUCCGUUUUUCGCCAGGAGGGGAAUCAUAUGCAUCGGGAUCUGAGGAUGGGACUAUCAGGAUAUGGCAGACGGGGCCUCUGACUCACGAUGACAGCGACACUGUUACAGCGAACGGGUUGAUUGGAAAAGAGAAGGUUGCUGCAGAAGAGGUUUCACGCAAGGUUGAGGGCUUCCACAUUGCAGAUGAGGUGAAGACAGGAGAGAAAGAAGAGGGAAAUGCAUGAUAUGAUUGAACAUGUAGUCCAACUUAUUGCCUUGCAUACUGCUAUACCUUUUUUUAUCGGAUGUCAGAAUGCACCUUUUUUUCAUACAAUUUUCAAUUGCUUUUGCCAUUGAAAAUGCGACCUGAACCUUUUCUUUUCAUCAGUAUGUAUAGAGGAAGAUGGUUAGGAUCAGGCUCAUGAGAAGAUGUCUCCAUUGAUUUUCCUUUUUUGGAUGGUUCGAAGCUAUUUGAAACUUCAUGAUGAAUGAUCUUUAUAGCUUGAUACUAUUCGUAUCCUCCCAUGUCUGUCAUCUUCCUUGUUAAUGCUGCCUUCAGGGAUAUGCAGAGAUUGUAUUUAGGCUCAGGGUGACGAUGGCUAUUCUGGAAUACCAUUUUUUUUUUUCCUAUUAGGUCACCAGAAAUCUUUGUUUUAGAGAAUCGUUGUUGUCCCUGGGACUACAGUUUACUCAGAAAAACUUUGUAUUUGAAGCUAGUUUUUGAUUAUUGCAAUGGCUGCUAAAGGAUUGUUGGGUCUUCAAGGUA